AUGACCAUCCUCCUCACAGGCGGCACAGGCAAGACGUCCCUCCGUCUCGCCUCCUUCCUACACUCUGCCUCCAUACCCGUCCUUUUGACUUCCCGCCGCGGCCCCUCGGCCUCAUCUUUCUACCCCACCGUCCAAUUCGAUUGGAAUGACUCCUCUACAUGGUCCAACCCCUUCUCUACUGCCUCAGACAUCUCGGCUAUCUACUUACUCAGUGGGGAGCUGUCUGAUCCAGCACCAAUCAUCAACGCCUUUAUCGACCUUGCUAUGAGCAAGGGAGUCAAGAGAUUUGUGGUUUGUUCAGGUAGUUCGUGUGAAUACGGUGGCCCCUUUCACGGCAAGAUAUGGCAGAACCUCGAUGAGAGCAAGCUGGAAUACGCGGUGUUGAGACCGAGUUGGUUCAUGGAAAAUCUUUCUGAAUCAGGACACGGACACUUCGAAACCAUCACCAGCCACUCUUCCCUCUUCACCGCAUGCGCAGAUGGGAAAAUCCCUUGGGUGUCUGCGAACGAUAUAGCCGCAGUGGCUUUGCGUUGCUUGACAGAUGAGGAACCACAUAAUCGUGCUUAUCGCAUCUUGGGACCCGAGUUGUUGACUUAUGAUGAGAUUGCGCAAAAACUUUCCCAACAUCUAGGCAAAGACAUCAAGCAUGUGCACUUGAGUCAGCAGCAAAGGGAGCAAAGUAUGAAAAAUGCAGGAUUGCCAGAACACAUGGCAAAGUUCUUGACUGGACUUGAAGUCAUGGCUGCACAAGGAAAAGAAGCAUGGCAAGGCGAUGAUGUACAGCUUGUCACUGGAAAAAAAGCAAUCUCCUUUGACGAAUUCGUGGCGGCUAACAAGCAAGCUUGGAACUGA